AUACAAGCCCCGAUGGAGAUCUAGCUAUUGUCUAAAGUAAACUUUCUUUUCUUCACUGAUGAUACACCCCGAUGGAGUCGCUGCUGUGGCUCAACGCCGACUUAAGUAAUCCGAUCAUGUAGACUCAGUUGUGUUGACGUAAAUUAGGCGAAGUAACCCGAGAGCGGCCGGCCCGUGGGCGUCAGCUGCGCUUACAAACACGCAUUAUAAAGGUCCAUAGAAAUCACCAAGCUCUUAGACUACUGGAGAACCCACACCAACAUGCUCAAAGCAUUUCUAGUCUUUUUUGCGUUCGUGGCGGUAUGCUUGUGUUGUGUGGAGGCACGGAGACCAGCGAAACCAGCUGAUUUCAGUGCCCUGAUGAGAUUGUCCGAGCAGCGCGCAAGAUUUAGCUUCAACGCGGCCCCAGACCGCCAGGGCUCCGCCCCGAGCACGUGGGAAUGUGAGCACGUGAAACCCGUCCCGAGUGACGUGAGAUCGAAAAUGCGACUUAGCGGCUUUUACAAGAAGUACCUGCACGCCUUUGGGAUCCCUGUGGUAAGCUCGAACGCGCCAAGUGACGCCGCCCUGAGAAGAGCCUGCUACGUCGUCGUUUUUCUGUUGGCUGAUCGCAAGGACGUCCGUGAUUGGUUGUAUCGUAGGAAUGGUCGUGCAGGUGUGAUAGGAAUUCGCGAGGGAGUGACGACGAUCCCCGAGCACUCCUGGCUAGCGUCCUGGUGGAACCAGAGGGCGAGGGGACUGGGGGGCACUCCAUCCGCACCGAUAUCCACGUGCGGUGAGGAGAAUAUUAUGUGUCAGUCUGGUGACCGGUACCCAAGAGAAGACAUUUUCCUUCACGAGUUCACGCACGGAAUUCACGAGAUCGCCUUGGUGAACGGUGCAAUCAGAGACUUCGAUUCUCGCGUGAAAGCGCGUUACCAGCAACUUAAGAGAUCUAACACCCUGUGGUACCGUACGUACGCCAUGAGCACAGAUCGCGAGUACUUCGCCGAAGGGACGCAGAGUUACUUUGAUGUGAAUGACUAUCAAAAUCCACCAAACGGUAUCCAUAACGACAUCAACACACGCGCCAAGCUCCAACGGUAUGACUCCGUCUUGUACCACUUUAACAAGGAAGUGUUUCCUUGCCAGAACCAGAUCGUCAAGCGAUGUGAGAAAGGCGUUAUACCACGAGAACGUUACUACUUCAAAAUGAACUGCGACAAAUACGGCAAUGGGAUUCUAAUGGACUUCAAGACCAAACGGCCCGUCGACCAAGCCACGCCCAAACCGCCCCAACCCACACCUCCUAAACCAGACACCCCUCCUCCUGGAACAAAUAUCCCCACUCCCCCGUCCCCUAAUACUCCACCCCCUGUCACGCAACCCCCUGUCACACAGCCUCCUGUCACGCAACCUCCUGUCACACAGCCUCCUGUCACGCAACCUCCGCCACCGGUCACGCAGUCCCCAGCGAACUGCGUAGACAAGCAUCCCAGCUGUGGCUAUUGGCGGCGUACGGGAGAGUGCUCGCGAAACCCACGUUACAUGAAAGUGUAUUGUAAUAAGAGCUGUGGGCUAUGUGGUGGUGGUAUUUAUUGUCAAGAUAGCCAUCGUUCAUGUUCAUCGUGGGCGGGGAUGGGGGAGUGCAGACGUAACCCCGCCUACAUGCUGGCAAACUGUAGAAAGAGCUGCAAGCAGUGCUGAACAAGAGCCAUAAUCCCUAGUUAUUGAUUGAAUAAAUUUAAUUAAAAAACAA